UUGUCCGCUUACACUGCGACACGCUGCAGCCAUGAAAACCGAGAAGAAGCCCAAUGAGCCCAGCUGUUGUCCACCUAGCACCGUCGUCAAGGAGGAGCCGGACGCUGAUCCGGUCAAGAUCAAGGAGGAGGGUGCGAGUGGUAAUAACGAUGAUACGACCGGCGAAGAUGCCAGCGAGUGUCCGAGAGAUCCCUGCUUGGAUCCAUCCAAUGGUGAGAGCACAAUGACCAGUGAAAAUCAGAAUGCUAAUGGGAAUCAGCAGAUCCUAAACUCCGUCAAGCAAGAGGGAGAUCCUAAUAAUCCCACUGACGAUCUGCCUGCAGACAGCAUUCAACCACUUGUUAGUAAUGUAGUGGCAAAGCAAAUGGGAACAACCACAGGCAGCGGAGAUACCCAAUACAUGCAGCAGCAGAGUCAGAUCUAUGUAUUUUCUACGAUGCUAGCGAAUAAAGGCGCGGAUGCAGUCUUGAGAGGCGAUUUCAUCUCGAUCAUUGCUUAUCAUCAGGCACAACCAGGCACUAAAAAAUAUUUGGAGAAGCAUCCAAAUAAAGUAAAUCAAUUUCGCCAGAAUCCUGCUCAAUGGUUAAAUAAUCUUGCUAUAAUGAAACAGAAAGGCCAUCAGGGAAAUGCAAAUAAUACUUUCCCAACUGAACAACCCCCGGAUCUACCAGCAUUAGACCCAAAUGCUCCUCAAUUUUGGAACGAACAACCAAACUUGCGAAAUAUAAAUGGUGGUAACUCCCUCGGUAAUUCUGAGCCAUCAUUGGAUGAUGGAAACAUAGAUGUGCCUUGCCUCGUGCCGAAUUCACCUGGUAAUUCAGCCAAUCCUCAAUCAGCCAAUAACGCUACUAUGGGUCACAGUCCGAAUUUGUUGGGUGGUACAACGAGUCCAGGCCCAGGAAAUUUGCAACCAUCGCUCCAGGGUGUCAAAGUCCCGGAUGAGAAUUUGACACCGCGACAAAGGCAGCACAGGGAAGUCCAACUGGCGACUCUACGGAAAAUGCAGAUGAUGUUGUUUCCCGGUCACAAGGACGAAGCCGGCAAUACUUUAACGGAUGCGCAAGGGACAGCAGUGUCGUGUCCACCCACGAAUGUCCCUCCCGUUGGCGUACCGAACCAAUGCAAUCCUACAUCCCUAGAUUGGCACAAGUUGCAGCAUCAAUUUCUCGAGGGCAAACCCAAAUCAACAAUCGGUAAUCCUGGUGCGGUAUCAUUACGUGGCGCCAACAUGGUCGGGAUACCGCGGAGUCAGGGCCCACCACCUCCAUAUCAUCAAACAACCCGGUCCGCCAGCGUGCCGAUCGCGAUUCAGAGUCCGAAUCCAUCGUCACCCAACAAUCCGACCAGCAAUCUUUCGCUACCGUCACCGCGCGCGAGUUCCGCUCUGAAUUCGCCAGCCGACUGUAACAGACAGUUCCAGCUUGGUAAUCAAAGGACCGGCCACUUACCGGGGCAGAGCCCUACGAGUCAGGACUCGCCGAACCCGACGAUCGCCACGGCAGCCACAGCGGUGACGACGGCACGGUUGAACCACAGCAAUCCGGGAACACCCGUCUCUCAUUCCCACAUUGCUGCCCUCAGUCCUAGCGGCACCACCGUUCAGAAAGAUGCUUCCCUUGAUUUCGCCACCAGUCAACCACCAAACGUGGAUGGUAUGUUUUGCCGAACGCUACAGUCUUUGGCUCAACAAAAACAGCAGCAUACUGGUAACGUGAAUGCAUCAACCGUGAAAGAAGCGAACCUGAUGCCGGUACCGAGCCCUCAUCAACUUCAAUAUCUCAGCACGUUCGAAGGACAGGAAUUGACUAUUCAGAAACAACCUAAUACAAGUCUGAAAGAUGGCAAUUCAUCGACAAAUGUAGGUACUUCGGAGAUAUCCAACAGAAUCUUGCCGGGAAGUCUAGAUAGCAACAAUCAAUUCCCUACUAGAUCAGAAGGCGCGAGUCCCGUACAAAUGGAUAGUAUGAGCCGGGGUUUCACGGGUUCUCUGCACAGUCCCAAUACACCGAACCCCAUACAGCCUCAUACGCCGAACACGCCGGGGAGCGCCGCGCCACAUACGCCAGCGGAUCCCGCGAAACAGGGUAACAAGUCGAGCGCGAGUGCACAAAGUAGUCCGACACCGCACAACACCGCUAUACCUGAUAGCAUGGGCCCUCCGCGAAUAGUGCCAGCAUCGCCUACCAUGAAACCUGACACUUCGCCGCCAUCCGUGAAGGAUGUUCAACAACAGCAACAGCAGCAGCAACAACCGCAAUCGCAACAACAGCCGCAACAACAACAACCACAGCAGCAGCAACAGCAGCAGCCGCCUCCGCAACAACAACAGCCUACGGUGGUUAAUCCGAACAAUUCCGGUAACCCAACGGUAGUGCCAUCGCUUAGCGGCGGUGCUUCAUUUCCCUGCGGCAGGUCAUCUAUAAACGUGAGUCAACCCUCCGACAACGUGCCCCUCAAUCCUAACAACAUUGGCGGUCGGCUCGGCAAUUUAAACACUAUGAGUACGAAUCACUUCGAUCCGAUAACUUCCCUGGCGCAGAUGAGCCAGCAGCUCACGAAUACAGCGGCAAGUAAUUCAUUGGGCAACGAACCCAUGCACUCGGGCAACACCGCUGGUAUGAUGCCAUUCGGUAAUCCGCACGCUGGUAUGCACAUGAUGCAAAUGGGUGGCGAGAUGAACGGGAGCUGUCACAUGGGCGGAACGAGUGGCGAACCUGGCGGCGAAGUUGGCGGAAUGUGUAUGGGUUUGGCGGGUCCACCGACAAGUUAUAGUCCCACACAGUCCCACACGUCGCACACAGGUAGUCCCGGCGUACCUAGCAAAAUGGGACAUCCGAUGAUGGGUGGUCAUGGAAUGAUAAGCGGCCAUUCGGCUGGAUCAGCCAGUGGUCCUUACCCCGGCGGUGAUCCCGGUCAUGCACCCCCGCCGAGACUGAUGACUGGACACGGAAUGGCAGGGCCCAGUCCCUACAAUGGCGCGAACGUUCAAGUGAAGCCAAAUGCUCCCAACACUAUCCAGUACUUGCCAGCUAGGCCGAAUGUCGGUCAUGCGCCUCGGGGUCCGCCCAGUCUGGAUUUCCUGCAACGAUUUACCAAUCCGUUGCCCAAUCUGGAAUCGAAGAUGGGGACACCCUCCGUGAACCUUCAGUACUUCCCGAACGGCUGUGUGCCGAAUAGCAUGGCGGGCCCGCAUAGCGGUAUGCCGUCCACCAUGAACGCCGCCGGAAUCCCUGGCAUGGGCGGCUCACCCAGAAUGGACGGCCAACCCAUGAACACUCCCGGCACCAUGCAUCCGUCUAUGAGACCAGUUGGAAAUAUGCGACCGCAGCCGAACUUAAUGCGGAUGCAGCACAUGGUAGGCGGCGGCGUCUUCCCAGGCGGCUCCAUGGAUCCCGACAAAGUCUUCCCGCCUGAUAUGGUGUCGCAGAGCCUGCCAAACCAAUCGAAUCCAGGCAUGUACGGCGUGCCCGGCAACAAGGGGAGCCCGAUGGGAUUGGGACCACCCCCCGAUGCCACUCAACCUCUCCCGCCUAGCAUGGGUGGAGCGACUGGCAACUUCAAGAACAGCCCAUUCGUCGGUAGCGGACCUAGCAUGUCUGAUCCAAAUUACGCUCAACAAUUUCACAACUUCCAGCAACAACUUUACGCCACCGGUACCAGAGGCAGCGGGCCGCCUCAUCCGAAUCUACACCCACCGCCAAACUCGCAUUCGCAUCAGCAGUUUUUCAUGCCGAAGUAAAAACUGCCCGGUUGAUUCAUAUCGUGACGACGACGAUUACUACGGUGGCCUUUCAGCGUCCCUUUUUCUAUCUUCUUUCGCUCUCUUUUUCUCUCUCUCUCUCUCUCUAUCUACUUAUCUACCUACCUACCUACCUGCCUGUCUAUACCUACCUUUAAUCUAUCAGGGAUGUUUCUAUUAAUUAUGCGAGAUAAUUCUGGAAGUGUAAACUAUGCUAGAUAAAAUUCUCUUGUAAAGAACGGAAAAAUGAGUAAUGAUAAAUAUUGACGAGUAUAUCUAUGAGAUAUUAGAAGUACAAUCUUCACGACUAGAUGCGACGCAAAAAUUCUAGCUCCAUUUUUUGUUUAUCGUUUUUUUACACGUGUAUUAUGUCGUUCUUUUUCGCUUUUUUUUUCGUCCUGUGAGUUCUGGACUAACAAUAUCGAGUUUUACAUUUUUCGAGUUUGUUAGUUUAAGAGUCUGGUUUUAGUAUCUUCCGGGACUAUCUGUAAAUUCUAAACGUGUAAUGAAUGCGCGUAAGUGCGUACUUGCCUACGCGUUUAUGUAAAUACUGAUGUACAAUCUGGUUUUUCUGUUCUCUUUUUUUUUGUAGAAAUCUUUAUCGAUUGAGGUGCACAUGGCUAAAUAUUAGGAACAUAUUACUAUAACUCGAGUGUAUAAAGAAAAAAAAAGGAGAAAGAGGAAGGAAACGAACAAAGGUUUCUCCUCUCGCGUUUUUGUUCAUAACGACUACUCGAGGUAAAGUAAUAAUUGUGCGUAGAAUUACUGCAGCGCAACUAGCGACAUUUUGCGACAAAAUGUCGGCGCCGUAAUUCAUCCUUCCUUUAUCAGUAAAUACUUAACGCAGUCAAACAAGCUCAAAUUUAUUAUUGUACAUAUAUACUAUAUAUAUUAUACAUAUUAUAUAUAUUAUAUAUAUAUAUUAUAUAUAUAUAUACUUGUUGCAACAUAAUCCUUCAGUAUCGCCCGUCCUGCUCCUUCGUCCAUUCCUUCAUCGAUUUCCCUCGUGACCAAUUCUGUGCAUAAUCAUGACCCCCUUCUAUCCUUUUCACCUUUUACCUGUAGUUUACUUUGUAAGGACAAAAAGUAAUUGGCUAAGAACAAUUAUGUUGUUGAUGAAUGAUUUUUAUUAUAAAUGAAAAAUAAAGAUAUUUACAAGAAGUCAGUACGAUAUUUGAUCGAUAAUCGUUUUGCAAUUCAAGAACGAUCGUCGGUGUAUAUGAGACAAAUUCACGUCCACGUGAAAGAAAUCGCGUUCAAUCUUGCGCUACGUUUUUUCGAAACGACAGGCUGUUACUCCAAUUUAUUCAAAUCUGUGAUAAACCGAAGCGAGCAAACGUAUAUUCUUUUGCUUCCUCGAUCCUUCUUUCCCAAGAAAAAGAGGUCAAUAUAUAAAUUUGUUUUGUUUGGGAAAUGUUUUCCCAAACGCUACGUUCCGUACUUAAUUUCAAA